AUGUCGACGUCUAUAAAACAUUUCGGAGCUUCGUCAGAUUUCUUGUCCAAGCAUAGGGCGCAAAACCCGUCUUCGAGAACGAUUUUGGUCACCGGUGCAACAGCGGGUAUCGGGCUAGCAAUCGCAAAAUACUUGCUGCGUUCAGAAGCAAAGCAUUUGCUAGUUCUCGCGGGGCGCAACAAUGAUGUGCUGAUCGAUCUUCAAACAAAGAAUCCUGAUCGAGUGGUCACGACGGCUGGCGAUAUGUCGGACCUGGAUUACGUGAAGUCCAUUAUCAGUGGCUUACAGUUGGCUGGCAAGCUUGAUGGCAUGAUACUCAACCAUGGAACGCUAGGGUCAUGUCAAAGAAUAGGUGGGGUGGAGGCAGAAGACUGGGAGAAGACUUUCAGGAUUAAUGUUACGAGUCUGGUCGUUCUGAUCCAGUCUAGUCUACCGCUACUACGGUCUGCUCAGGGGAAAGUCGUGUUUACGUCUUCUGGCGCAGCUGUAACUGCCUACACUUCAUGGGGAGCGUAUGGAGCAACUAAGGCAGCAGUCAAUCAUCUAGCCAUGACUUUGAAGAAUGAGGAGCCAGAGGUGACAAGCCUGUCUAUUCGUCCGGGAGUGGUUGAUACAGCGAUGCAGGAUGACAUUCGAAACAAAUACCUGGGGAACAUGGAUGAGAAGGACCAGCAAAAGUUCAUAUCGGCCAAGAAGGAUGGAAAAUUGUUACCCGCAGAAAAACCAGGUCAUGUCAUCGCCGAGUUAGCUGUGCGGGCUGCAAAGGAACUUUCUGGUCAAUUCUUGAGCUGGGACGAUCCAAAACUUGCGGAUUACCAGGCAAAAUGA